ACUGGGCGCAGUUUAAUAAGUAAACAGAUGAGCGGACUUGCGGUGAUAAAGUAUCCCGCGGGACAAUAUCAGCAUAGGCUGGUUGGGGCUGCGGUGACGUCUUCCCACACCCCGCACUCAUCCGAUAGACACUUCCCCAUAGAGUGCGGUUUGUCCUGCAUGUCUCCAUUGUCAAUUAAGUCCGACUUUGUGCAUUAUUGGUUUCACCUCGUACUUGUUCUCACUUAAGUUGCGGUACCUGAAUUCCAUUGUAAAACCAAUUCAGUCAGUUCGAAAAGUGUGAAGUGGAUCUGCAUAUCCGAUUUUGCAAUCCAAUCAGCACUCGCUUUAAAGAUGGCGCAUCACGUAAAGGGGAAGCUCAUCGCUGUAAUUGGAGAUGAGGACACAUGCGUCGGCUUCCUCCUUGGAGGGAUCGGCGAGAUGAAUCGGAAUCGUCAGCCGAAUUUUUUCGUCGUUACCAAAAACACUGCUGUGGGUGAGAUUGAAGAUACCUUCAGGAAGUUUCUGAAGAGGGAUGACAUUGAUAUUCUGCUCAUCAGCCAGACUGUAGACUUGUUGUCCUCAAGCUUCUACAGAACUUCUUUCCAGCAGGUUGCCUAAACCCAUGUUUUUCAUCUACUGUUUCCUGACAGUAUGCAGAGCUGAUUCGGCCUGUGAUCGACUCCCAUUCCUCUCCCUUCCCUGCUGUUUUGGAGAUUCCAUCCAAAGAUUGUCCUUAUGACCCUGAGAAAGACUCCAUUCUUCGCAGGGCGAGGGGAAUGUUCUCAGCUGAGGACUUCAAAUGAAGAAGCAGCAGUUAAUUCUGUGGUUCCUGCUGGCCCUAUUUUCCUGUUAUAUUUCAGGCCGAAGUAUCAGCACAAUGGUAGAUCUCUGUUUUCGCACAACUGAAGAACCUGAAGAGCCAUCCCAUGCUCAUAGAUUUAACCUUAGUCAUGAUUGUGAUGUUGACAUGAUUUGGAAAUAUAUUAUGGAUGAGAGGGAGAGCAGCAAAAUAGGAAUUGAAAUUGUAGUUAUAGUGUGCUUUAUAUGUGAGAAAAGUAUUGUUGGCUAAAUGAAAAUGGCCCAAUUCACUUCAGUGGGGAUUCUUCAUGUCUACUCUAGUGCCAGAGAUGAUCAGUUUGUGAAGAUGUAUGAACUAGACCCCUUACUAUAUUCAGAUACUUCAGUAAUGGAUGUCAUUUGCUGUAAUCCUCAUGCGCUUGCCUCAUCAUGGUCAAUUUCAUGCAUGCCAUCUUGGACUUGUUGUAGCAUCUAUUAUCACAUAAAUGAUUCAAUUGUAUCAGGAAUCCAAUCAUGCAGAAUUUUAAGACCUGUAUGUGCUUGUGAGUUUUUAUUUUCUCCACUUUCCAACAUUCAUUUCUUCAAACACAUAAACUGCUCCAGGACUUCUUCAAGGUUUGAGACAAGACUAGGAAAGCAAUCAUAUAUGUGAGUCAUUCAAAGAAAGUCCUAAUUUUCAUCCUUUUUAUGUAACUUCAGGAUAUGUUUCAAAAGUUUUCCUUAAGUUGGCUCCUAUGUAAUGCAUGGAGGAAAGAGUCACAAGUUUCAUAUCCCAUGCUUUGUUUUGCCUGUGAUGUCACUUUAGUUCCCAUGGAGCACACUUACCUGGAGUAUCUUUCAUUUCUAAUGUAGUAGCAAGCGAUGGCAUCAGUGGUGAAAACCCACAAGAGAAGGAGUUGAAGAAAGCUGGAUGCCACCCAUCCAAACACUAGCCCUUUGAACUUCCACAUAUUGUGAUGCCUUGAUUCCCAAUACUUGAAGAGGCAUUUGGGAUAUAAAUUGUAAAGUUCUCCCCUUCACCUCAUAGUUUGUUUUUGCCAUCAAAUAUCUACUUGUGAUAGCCUACAAUGGGAAAUGGUAGUGAUAUCUGGUAUUAUUCAAUUCCUUCCUGUGUGGGAUUCCACUACCAAUGGCAUUUUCAAGAAAAGGCAAAACAGUAGCUCUGGAUCAGUUGAUCAACAAAGUCACAUGAAAAGGCAACCUAUUGGAUGUCUUGGUACAUCAUAUUUGCUUAUCUUCAGCAUCCCAAAUAUGUGAGAGUUAAAUAAAGGAUUCCUCACUUUGAAUGAAAGUCUAAUCCCCAUGAUUUGAAGAAAACAGAGUGCUUUACUUUUUCCUAUUGGGCCAGAUUUUAUAUUAUUUUUCUCAUUUGUAUAUGUUUUUUGCUUUGCUGCUUGCUGCUAACUAUUUUGUUGCAUUGACCCUCAAUUUCCACUUACUUUCUAUAGUGCAGUGUGUUCAUUAUCAUUGCAGGUAUAAGUGGUUAACAGUUCCUCUGAGUUGCUGGGUUUCAACAUUAUCUUUUCCAAGCAAAUCACGUUCCUGACAUCUUGUAAAGGAACUGUGUUCACCCUGUCUUGUGUCCUGGUCCCUAGGUGGAAGGCUGGUUGAUACCUGCAACUUUUACUCAGGAUGCUAUCGAUAUUGAGAAUCUUUGCAGUAUGUUCAAUGGAAAAAUAAAAGAAAUAUGUUUUCCCCUUGUAA